AUGAAUGGAUCGGGAGAAAACUUGCAGAAAAUUUCAAGCAAAAGUGGAAAACGUGCAAACAAUGAGUCUCCUAAACUACAUAAAAAAAAACAAAUUCUUAUACAACCAAAUAAAUUUGACAUUCUAAGUGAUGAUGACGAUGCUGUGUUAAACGAUGGUGAGAAUGUAUCAGUAAACGAAAGAGAAGUGUUGAAUGCUCCAAAGCCACCGCCGUUAAUCAUACCUGGGGUUCAUAACAUAUGCGAAAUGAUAAAAUCUAUUGCAAAUUUUUUAGAAAAAAAAAGCACCAUAGGAGCAAUUGACUGCACGCAUAUUGCUAUCAUUGCUCCACCAUCAAAUAAUGUCGAACGUCCUCUUAAUUUAUAUUUAAAUAGAAAAGGAUUCUACGGUAUCAAUGUUGAAGCAGUUUGCGAUCACCGAUUAUGUUUUACAUUUGUCAAUGCUAAAUUUCCGGGUGCAACACAUGACUCUGGAAUUUGGGCAACUUCUGACCUACCAGAACAUCUCAUUCGUCAGCAUACUAAUACGUCUGAGAAACAACGGAGGGAAUCUUGGCUUCUUGGCGAUCAAGGUUAUCCUCUAGAACCGUGGCUUUUAACACCAGUGGGAACACCUAAUACCCAUAAAGAGCAAAAAUACAACAAAUUCCAUGGUUCUGCAAGAAACUGCAUAGAGAGAGCAUUUGGUGUUUUAAAAUCUCGCUUCAGAUGUUUAUUGAAGCACCGAGUUCUACAUUAUUCACACGAAACUUCCGCUUUGUUUGUUAGUACUUGCGUUAUAUUGCAUAAUAUAAUGACGAAAGCAGGCAUUACGUUCAACGAAAUAGAUGACGGGGUUGCAGAAGACUUUGAUUCUCCAAUUAAUGAUUAUAACUCUUCACAGUACAUGCGCGAAGGUGAAAGAACAAGAUCAAGAUAUAUAUCAACUCUUUAGUUAUAUACAUAUAUACAGAAGCCAAUCCAUAUACUUAUGUACAUAAGUAUAUAAAUGUUCUCACAAUUCGACUUUUGAAAUACACUACUUACUUCCAUUAUUUGUUUAUUUAUUUAUCCUUUUUGUUAAAAGAAAACAAAUUGAAAUUUCCCUUCCAUUUUUUUUAUUCUAUUA